AUGGAUUUUCAUCGUCACAACAUUCCUAUGUUUCCAUCACUGCCAAAUGUAUUAACUGGUAUUCAACAACCAAAUGCACCAAUUUGGUCUGCUGAUGAAACUAUUUUAUUAGAACAACAAAUGGCAACAAUUGAUCCAUCUGAAGAUGAGCUCAGAACAGUAUUAAUGAUUGCUCCAUGGUUUCCUCACAAGUCUAUUCAACAAAUUUCAUUAAGAAUGAAAUGGAUUCGCUCACGAACAAAUCAAAGCUGGGAUGAUUUUUGUAAAUCAAAUGAAAAGAAUCCACAAAAAAGUUGUACAGGAAUAAAUAUGAGUGAAACUUCUCCAAAUGAAUGUUCUUCAGGAUGGUCAUCUUCUUAUUCAUCAAAUCAUUCUUCUCCAAAACCACCACAAGAGUCACCAUUUAGAAAAUCAUUUAGAACAAGUAAAUCAGAAGAUUAUGUUCGUUCACAACUCCAAAGAGGAUUAAGUCAACCACAAUCAACAUUUCUUGCAAAAUCAAUGUAUACACCACUUUCAAGUAAGAAAGAACCACAAAAACAUGAACAAGAAAAUUAUGAUAUUUCAACAUUACUUAAUAACAAUGAAGAAAUAUUAAAACGUAUUGAACAAAAUUUAAAAUAUGAAGACGAAUUUGCAAAAUAUAGUAAAAAUGAUAUUACUCAAUUCUGUGUAAAUUUAAGACUUCUUCUUGGUUUAACUGACUCAACAGCAAAACCAAAUAAACUUCCAUUUAUGCCAAUGAUAUUAAAUAUAUCACCAGAUAUUGUUACUAUUCCUCAAGAAACACAAAACCAAAUUCAACAACACAAUUUAUCAUCUCAUAUGUAA